GAAAAGUGGAGCGGAGCCGCAGAUGAGGCUGUUGAGGGGGCCGGAGGGGCUCGCACAUGCACGACUUCAGGUCUGGCUGGAGCUGUCAGAACCACGCCUAUAGGGGCCCACAAUUGGUCCAGAAAGCGUAAAAUCAGCAAUCAAAGGGGCUUGGUUCAUUAGUGUUGGGGAUGGAGGCAGGAAGGACAUGUGAGAUAGUCACAGAUCUGCAGUGAACGGGGCCACAUCUCUCCAGUCAGUGUGGGAUGACUAAAGCAGAGAAACAGCUUAUUUCUCUGAGAGGCACACAGCGCAGCCGGGCUUUGCCUUCACAGCGCCGCUUUUACUGAAGGACUCGGCGGAGGAACCAAAGGAAAAGCAAAUCAACAGCAACUCUGGGCUUAUUUUCUUCAGCCUGAUAACGCACUGUGUGUUUGACAAGGUGCUGUAUUGUUCUGUACCGCUUUACAGAAAUUAACUGCUCGCGAAUCGCGGACCUACACUCGCUCUGGGUUGGGGGGGGAAAUACCAAUAAAAUAUCCAUUAUUUCACUACGUUUUUUGUGGAUGCACCGAUGAGAGAUCCAGUUUUCACAGGGACUGCAAUGGCUUAUCACCCUUUCCACGCACACCGGCCGACCGACUUCCCGAUGUCCGCCUUUCUAGCGGCCGCGCAGCCUUCCUUCUUCCCCGCGCUCAGCCUGCCUCCCGGAGCCCUCACCAAGCCCAUUCCGGACCACGGCCUCGGCGGGGCGGCGGAAGCUGGGCUACACCCGGCCCUCAGCCACCACCAGGCUGCUCAUCUCCGCAGCAUGAAGAGCCUGGAGCCCGAGGAGGAAGUGGACGACGACCCAAAAGUUACACUGGAAGCCAAGGAUCUUUGGGACCAGUUUCAUAAACUCGGGACGGAGAUGGUUAUUACCAAGUCCGGACGGAGGAUGUUCCCUCCGUUCAAAGUGCGAAUAAACGGACUCGAUAAAAAAGCUAAAUACAUCCUGCUGAUGGACAUCGUGGCGGCGGACGACUGCCGCUACAAGUUCCACAACUCCCGCUGGAUGGUGGCGGGCAAGGCCGACCCGGAGAUGCCCAAGAGGAUGUAUAUCCACCCGGACAGCCCGGCCACCGGCGAGCAGUGGAUGGCCAAGCCUGUUGCUUUUCAUAAACUCAAGCUGACCAACAAUAUUUCAGACAAACAUGGAUUUGUCCAGACGAUCCUGAACUCUAUGCACAAGUACCAGCCCAGGUUCCACAUAGUGCGGGCCAACGACAUCCUGAAGCUCCCCUACAGCACCUUCAGGACCUACGUCUUCCCGGAGACCGAGUUCGUGGCAGUGACAGCAUAUCAGAACGACAAGAUAACGCAGCUGAAGAUUGACAACAACCCUUUUGCCAAAGGAUUCAGAGACACGGGGAACGGAAGGAGAGAGAAAAGGAAACAAUUAACCAUGCCGUCGCUACGGAUGUAUGAGGACCAGUGCAAGACGGAUCGGGAAGGCGCAGAUUCGGACGCCUCAUCCAGUGAGCCUCCGACCGGCAGGGACACCGUGCACUCCCCGCUGGGAGCCGAUAACAGCCCGCUGAGGUUCAGUAGGCCCAGUCGAGAUGAGAAAACGUGCACUGACAGUGAGCAGGAGCUGGAUCAUCACGACGAGCACUGCACCGGCUCCAACAGCCCGGGACCUGAACCUGUGUCCCCCUUCAGCUCCAGGUGUGAGGAACGUGUGAGGGACAGGCCUAGCACAGAAAAGAAGGAUGACUCCUUAUUCAGUACAAGGAACCUUGAGAAGGACAAAGUGGCGAGCAGGCACAGGAAGGACACCACGGACGUGUUGACAAAGGACUCGGAGGCCGGAGGCAUUAGUGCCACUAAGGAGUCCUUCUCCCCUCUUAUGGUCCAGACCGAGAGCCCCUCGCACUUCAGCCCAGGCCACUUACAAAGCCUGGCUCUGUCUGGCCUGCACAGUCAGCAGUUCUUUAACCCUCUGGGCACCGGAUCACCGCUGUUUUUUCACCCCGGGCAGUUUGCCAUGGCCCCUGGAGCCUUUUCUGCUAUGGGCAUGGGGCAUCUAUUGGCCUCUGUAUCCGGAGCAAGUGUUUUGGAAAACGCCAGCCUCGCCACCCAGGUCACGGGAGGAACCCCCAACCCCUUUCCCUUCCAUCUGUCCCAGCACAUGCUUGCCUCUCAGGGCAUCCCCAUGCCUCCAUUUGGAGGUCUGUUCCCAUACCCCUAUACCUACAUGGCGGCGGCUGCAGCGGCGGCCUCUGCCUCAGCCCUCCCAGCCACCAGCACCUCCAACCCUCUCUCCAGGAAUCCCUUCCUGACCGCGUCACGUCCCCGGCUCCGCUUCAACCCCUACCAGCUCCCAGUGUCGCUGCCUCAGACUUCCAGUUUGCUCACCACUGGCCUGCAGGGCUGCCUCAACCCAGGUUCUGAAUCCUCCAAACCAGGCAGCGGGGAGACCAGCCCGGCCCCAGAGCACCACAGCAACCAUAAGACAGGAGGGUCGAGUGGGCGGGUUGCAUCUCCCAAAACCUCUGUGAAGGACUCAGUGAAUGAGCUGCAAAGCAUCCAGAGACUGGUGAGCGGCCUGGAGGGUCAGAGGGAGCCCUCCCCGAGGGCAGACUCUCCCAAGUGAUGAAGACUCUCUGUUUAGGAUGAAGACUUGGCUUUAAUACCAGAGGACUAUAAGUGCAUAUGUCCUGUACAGCACAUUAGGGAGACUGGGAUGAGGUUUGACCGAUAUGGACUUAGUGAAGGCCGAUAGCUGGUAUUUUUUGGAACAAAGAUGCAGAUAGUCCGAAGUUUUGUCAACAUAAUUCAAUUUAACCUUUUUAAAUAAAAAGUAUUAACCCGGAGCUGACCUGUGAGAAAGGGUGUGAAGCCUGUGGGGCAACAUUUGGCCUAUUAUCAAGAUGUUUAAAUACUCUCCCCUGAAUCCCAGUGUUUUAGGUUUAGCAGCUCUUGAGGAUUACCCCUCCUCUGGGAUACAUUUCUACAUUGAUAAAUAAAAUAAAAAUGAUACGCAAAACUAACGAUGGAGUAAAUAUAUAAAAUAUGCAAAAUUGAAAAUAUAUAUACAUGGAAGCACAUUUAAAGACAACAAAAUAUUAAAAGAAUGAUCUUUUAAAACUCUAACCACUUUAUCUCAAGGACAUGUCACUGAUCAACUCCAAAAAUAUAAACAAUCAAACUUUAUCAUCCAUCAUAUCAGAGGUGGACCAUACAAGGCCAGUAUCGGCCCCAUAUAUCGGUCUAACCUGCCUGCGAGCCUGCAGCUCCACAGACUGAGUGGCGCACAGGGGAGAGUGUUGAGUUCGGUUAACUUGACGCAUUUGAGCAUCCAGGCUUUGUUUUUUAAAUACCGAGCCGAGCCCUGAACAGGAGCCUCAUCACGCCGACAGGCAGGUCUCAAGCUGCAUCCAAAAACCUUUUUCCAGGCCUGAUUAUUUCAAAAGGCAAGGAAGGUGAAGGUCUGCGAGAGGAAGAAAGAAAGAACCGCUUAUCAUUUCAUGCCAGAAAAGUUGUUUCUGAACUAUUUAUGUAAUUAAAGAUAAAAGCAAUUCUGUAAAUAAAGCUAAGAUCCAAGAAUAUGCAAUUGGUAUUAAUUUAUUCAAGGCUGUAUAUUAGCGUGUAUAUAUUUCGAAUUUAACUUGUUGCUUUCCCCUCCCUCCUCCUCUACCCUAUUUUACAUGAACAUAUUCUGUAAAUGAAAGCUAUUUAGCGCUUGUUGGUUUGAAAAACUGUUUAUGAAGCAUCGCAGAUUUUAGGGUGACGUGUGUGCCAUGUUAGUCUGUAUCCACCGACAAAGACAGAAAGAGCUCCACAUGGAUUCAAAACACCUCAGGUUAUUUCACUCCAGCCAGGAGACAUUCAAAGCAAUUCCUCCAACGGGCGCAUCAUUCAUAUCUAUUCAAAAAUAUAUUUAAAGAUGAAAGUAUCUUGUUUAUGCUGGUUGUCCGGG